GUUCGGUAUCCGAAAAAGAACCGUUGAUACACACACGCAAUACUAAGAUGCAUCUCCUAAUGUUAAACCACAAAAUCGACAUUGCAUCCAGAUAUAGACCUCGAUCACCGUGAACAGCAUCAGUCAACCUUCAACACAUCUGAUUUACCAGAGUACCCGCAACUCAGCAUCAAAAGCUCCAGAACAUCUACUAGCUAUGGCAGUUGCUUCAAUUGCACUCAAUCUCGACUUGUCGAGCCUCAAUGUUAGCAACGGAAACCACGAUACCAAUGUUUCUAGCGACUUCUCCUACGGCUUCUCGCACACGAACGGCACCAAUGGUGACAAUGCCAAACCCCUCCCAAUCGUAAUUGCAGGAGGCGGCUGUGUUGGACUUUUCCUAGCUCUCCUCCUCGCACAGUCAGACAUCCCCAAUAAGGUGGUCGUCAUUGAACCGCAGCAGCCAGAUCCUAUGUCGACACGCGCAAUGGCUCAUCAGCCGCCAACGUAUCCCAUCUUAUCUAAAGUCGAAGGCUUACUACCGGAACUGGUGAAGACAGGAAGUUUGAGUUCAGGUCUGUGCUUCCGGACGAGCAUCCAAAAUGGCAGCAAAGUGAUUGCGGGUAAAACGUUCGACAACACGGGUGAAGGAAUGAAAGGAAAGGGACAGCUCCUACUACCACAGGGGAAGUUUCAACAAAUUCUCAUGAAGCGACUGGGUGCUUUGGGCGAUGAAAAGGCAGAAGUGCGUCUCGGAACCAGCGUUUCCUCAUUCAAAUCAACACCAAGCAGUGUCACCGUCCAGAUCACACCAGAGGCUUCUUCGAUGCAACUAGGCGACGAAUCCCUCGAAGCCGCAUACCUAAUCGACGCAUCGGGCGCGCACUCAAUCAUUCGCAAAGAUCUCGAUAUCAGCCUCGAAGGCGAGACACUCGACGCGCAACUAGUCGCCACAGACCUAUACUUCGACUUCCACGCCCAUGGCUUCUACGACGCGAACUUCAUCAUGGAUCCCCAGAACUACGGUCUCAUUGGCCGUAUCAACCACGCAACGGAUGGUAAACCUGCACUAUGGCGUGUGAGUUACGGCGUACCGAUCGGCGUUUCCGAGGAGGAAAUCAACCGGACCCUGGAUGAGAAAUUACGCGUUAUGAUGCCUGACGAAGGACGCGAUGAACAAGGCAACAAAGCUUACGAAGUCGUCCGCGUGGCGCCGUAUAAAGCCCAACAACGCCUCAUUCCGUCAUUGUACCAUCACGACUCUCGCGUGUGUCUUGUAGGCGAUGCUGCGCAUUUGACAAACCCGUAUGCAGGGCUCGGUCUAGCAUCCGGUAUGGCGGAUGCGUCUUCACUUUCCGAAGUCCUCAUACGCGUUCUUACUGGGAAGGCUUCGGAUGAUGAGAGACUGCUCAAUGCCUGGUCAACAGCAAGGAGAGAAAGCUUUUUGAAUGUCGUGGAUAAGCCUUCGAGGAUGGCGUAUAAGCGGGUCAAGGCUGAUGUCAGCACUGAAGAGAAGGUGCAGGAGAUGACGAGCAAAGAUCCGCUUGUGGGUGCGUUGAAGAAGGGCAUGCCUGUUCAGCCGCCGAGUUUAGAGACGAAAGGCGAGGAGUUGGAGGGGUGGUGAUGGCUAAGUCAGUGAGGGGGAUGGCGGAUAUGUGGGGGAGAUUUACAAGUGGU